AUGGAUAGAAUCGAUGUUCACACUCAUUGUGUGCCACCUUCGUAUCGCGAGUAUUGUCUACAGAAUGACUUCGCAGGCAGAGGCCACCCAGAUGGAAUGCCCGCGAUUCCAGAAUGGAGCGCCGAAGCACACAUUGAACUAAUGAACAACCUAAACAUUAAAAAAUCAGUACUGAGCAUGUCCUCCCCGGCCACACACCUAACCCCGGGCAACGACGAAGAAGGCAGAACCAUAACCCGCCGCGCCAACACGGACAUGUCCAAGAUCUGCGCCGAUCACCCAAACCACUUCCUCUUCUUCGCAUCUCUCCCCCUCCCAGACGUGGAAGGCUCCCUUGCAGAAAUAGACCAUGCACUAGACCACCUUGGCGCAGUGGGGUUUCAAAUCCUGACCAAUUCGCAUGGCAUCUACCCGGGCGAUCAGCGCUUUAGUCGUGUUUUUGACAAAUUGAGUGAGCGCAAGACUAUCGUCUUUUUUCACCCUACUACCUGUCUUAUCCGGCACGACGAUGACUCACUUGAGAAGGUUACGCCACUUCCCGGUGUUGCUGCGCCUAUUAUGGAGUUCAUGUUUGAUUCGACACGGUCGCUUAUGAGUUUGCUUACUUCUGGGACAGUUGACCGGUGUCCUGGGAUUACUUUCGUGGCUUGUCAUUGUGGUGCAACUUUCCCUCCCAUUAUGGAGAGAAUCGCGGAGUUUUCGUCGAUGGUUCCUUGGGCAGGUGAUGGGAUUAGCGGGGCGAGGAUUAAACAGCUGUUGCAGACGCGUUUCUAUUUUGAUCUUGCCGGUGUGCCGUUCCCAGAUCAGAUUCAUGGCCUACUGCGGCUGGUUGAUUCGUCUAGGUUGCUGUAUGGGAGUGAUUAUCCCUAUACCCCUGCAGCGCUGGCUGAAUCCCUGGCUCAGAGAGUGGAUGAUGGAUUGCAGAGUCUAUUUGGAUCGGAAAGAACAAAACAGAUUUUGUUGGACAAUGCGCAGGAUCUUCUUGGAGCAAACAGAGAAUAG